AUGACUCAGCAGCAGGAUGUGGACCGAUCUGCUUCUGCUUUGAUAACCCUGCUCUUUAAAUACUGGCACAGUCAAAAGUACGAGCGGGAGUGGCGUGACGACCACGACGAGGUGUCCAGCGUGAAGAGCGAGGGAGCACCUUUCCGAGGAGGGUUCAGAGGUCGAGGACGUGGAAGAGGGAGAGGCCGGGGGAGAGGCAGAGGAAGAGGCCACUAUGACCACCAUUACGGCUACAAGUCCUACGACAUGAAAGACGGUUCCUGCGGCCAGAAGUUUGGCAACACGGUGACCUACUACUACGACAACAUGAGCAGCAACGACCUUUUCUCCGUGGACCACGACCAUCUGAAGGACUACAUCAAGAGGCAGAUUGAGUACUACUUCAGCCUGGACAACCUGGAGCGGGACUUCUUCCUGCGGAGGAAGAUGGACCAGGAGGGCUUCCUGCCCCUCAGCCUCGUCGCCAGCUUCCACCGAGUGCAGGCCCUCACCACCGACGUGAACCUCAUCUUGGAAGUAAGCACAUUUAUCACAGUACAGUGA